AUGUCUCCGCAAUCACUACAUGCACAGCUCGUCUUCAUUUUUGUGUUCGUCUCGCUCGCACUUGCUAGCCCUCUUCGCACCAUCUACAAAGAUGUAGCUAUUCUCGGUGGCGGAGCAUCAGGCGCACAUGCUGGAGUCAGACUCCGAGAGGACUUCAACAAAAGUAUCAUUAUCAUCGAGAAGCAGUAUAACCUAGGCGGCCAUGUUGAGACUUAUAUCGAUCCAGUCUCGGGGAACCCAUAUGAUUACGGAGUCAAUUCUUACGCCGAAUAUGGCAGCGCAAAGCAGUUCUUCGCUCGAUUCAACAUCUCACUCAUCAAUCCGACAAAUCUAAAAUUAAACACCUCCAACAUUGACUUCACAACGGGCAAGUCCCUCCCGGGUUACCAAAGUCCAGCGUCUGCAGAUGUGACUGCAGCACUUACGCGGUAUCUCAACAUCACGGCCAAAUACGAAGACAUGAUUCUUCCAUCAUUCGCCAAUUUCCCAACUGAUGUUCCUGACGAGCUGCUCACCAAAUUCUCUAAUAUUGUCAUCAAAUAUGACUUGCAAGCCUGCCUUCCUCUUUUGUAUCAGGUUACUGGCUUCGGGCUUGGAAACAUGGGCGAUGAAAUAUUCCUGUUCGUGAUGCAGGAGAUCAGCGCACCCAUGACUCGAGUCCUCCUCGGGCUGAAGAAUUCCUGGGUUCCAUCCACGCACAGAAACCAAGAUUUAUACGACAGGAUUGGGACUCUAUUGGGGGAUGACGUUCUUUACUCCACCACUGUCGUUGAAUCGAAUAGAACUGAGCAUGGAGUCCAGCUUCUGGUUCAAAAUGACAAGGGAGAACUUACUUUGAUCAUAGCUAAGAAGCUCCUCGUCUCAUUUGCGCUCAGUCCGGACAAUACCGCAACCUUGAAUCUUUCGAAAGCUGAAGAGGACAUCUUCUCAGCGUGGAGCCUCGAUCAUCAGUAUUGCGGCAUCGUGACUAGUCCUUCCCUGCCCAUCAACGGCUCGCUGGUCAAUAUACCCGCCACAGCCGUCCCAGCCAACUAUCUCCAGUUUCCGGCAACUCCCUUCGUGGUCCGAUAUCAAUAUCUGGGUGACAAGAAUUUCCGCAUCUUGCUCACGGGCACGGAGAACUACACCAUUCCUUUAGCUCUGUCGCUCGCUAGCAAUACAUUCGAGACUCUGGUUGCAGCAGGCGAUAUCCCUCAAGGCUCAGCGCUGAAUUUUGCUGCGUUCACGGAGCAUACGACGACAGCUCGACAUGUCCCACCUGAAGUGGUCCGAGACGGGUUUUAUCAGAAGCUGUACGCUCUGCAGGGUUGUCGGUCGACGUUCUAUACUGGGAGGGCGUGGGCGGGACAGUUCACUACUGUGCUGUGGGCUUUUAAUGAUCAGUGGUUGCUUCCGAAAUUGUUAAGUAGUUUCUGA